AUGCUGGCUGGCGUGCAUGUCGUUCGUGCAUGGCAGCAGGUGCAGGAGCGGUUAGCGCGGAGAGUCAAGGAUGGGGAGUUCUACGAAGCACAGCAGCUCUACAAGAGCCUCGCUACAAGGUACUCCUCGCAGUUCAAGUACGAAGACGCCAUGGCACUGCUGCAGUCAGGCGCAUGUGUGCAGCUCGAGCACGGGCAGGUGACGAGCGGCGUGGAGCUGGCUCUGCUGCUCACGGACUUACUCUCCUCCACUGAAACACCCUGCUGGGAGGAUUCCCUGGAGCGCAUCACCGCAGUGUACACCAGCUUCCCGCGCUCAACCGCCCCAUCGGGUUUGCUUCCUGGUGAAACUGAGGAAGCGGCCAGGCUCAGAGUUGAUGGGUGCAAGCGGUUUCUACGAGCUGCACUCAAAUGGUCCGCGCAGUUCCCCGAGAUGCUAUCAGCCCCAUCCAGCCCGCAGGCACAAGCAAAGCCCUCGUCGCCCACAGCGUCCUCGCCCUCCGCCCUGGCUUCUCUGUGCUCCCCAGCCAUUCACCUCAUGCUCGCCCAAUGCCUCUCCUCCCAGCUGCCUCCACACAAACGGGAUUAUGCAGCGGCAUUCUUCCACUUUGUCUACUCAGACGACCCAGCCCUCUUUGCUCACAGCCUGGCAGAAUACGCACAGCAGUGCUACCCUGGCGAGAGGGACCUCGUCAUUGCCAGGGCUGUCCUUCAGUGCUUGGCAGCAGGGCGACUGCAGCAGGGCAAGCAGCUGUGGCACGAGCUAAAAGCGCAGCAGGCAGGCAUCUGGGGAGCAGCUGCUGAUGCUGCUGACGAUGCUGCGGCUGCUGGUGCCGAUGGUGCUGGUGGCUCAGGCGGUGCGGGUGCUACAGCUGGCGCGUGGCAGGAGUCUCCCCUCCUGCGCUUCACUGACCUCCUCCUCACCGCUGCUGACCGCAGGGCGCCACCACUGCUGUCUCAUCUGCGCCGCCGCUACGAGCCGACCAUCCAACGCGACCCCGCCUUCUCUCCUCUUCUAGACGACAUUGCCUUCCGCCUCUUUGGAGUGCCGCGACCUGCAGCAGCACCCAACUUUCUAACUGACAUGCUUAAGGUGAGAGGGGCUUAA